AUGCCGCCCAAGAAGAAGCCAGCGACGGUCGAGACAGAGGCGCAAGAGGAUGCAGGGCCCGAUGCGCUUGGCCUGGAUGCCUACGACCUCCCACGAGCGGUCAUCACACGAGUCGCCAAGUCGGCCAUUGGCGACAAUACCAAGUUGGCCAAGGAGGUCCCGCAAGCACUCAUCAAGGCGUCCACAGUGUUCGUUAGCUACUUUGCGGCUAUGUCGCAGCAUGUUGCAGCGGAGAACUCUCAAAAGACGAUAGCGGCGCACCAUGUCAUGGAAGCAGCGCGACUGCUCAACUGGUCAGACGCUGCUCAGCUGUCUGUCAUCCUGUAUGACCAACUGGAAGGCUACAGAGAAGCGAGCGACGCGAAAAGAGCCCAUGCUGCACAAGCGGCAGCGGCAGCGCGAAAGAAGAGCAAGGCUGCAGCCGCGAGCGAAGCUACACGAGCAGGCACAGACGGGCAGCCACUCGUGCCAGGAGACGACACUGUCUUGCCGAACGAGCAGCAAGACGAGGCUGACGAAACGAACGCGCUCGAUAUUGACGAGACAUUUGACGCGCCGGAUGAAGAGGAGGAAGAAGACGAGGAGGAAGACACAGCUGCUGACGAAUUACAAGACGACGUACUCCCUGAUCUUGAUGCUGCCCAAGACAGCGCAAUGUUCGCAGCAGAUCCAGUAGAUGUCUAG